AUGCUUGCAAGCGCUAAAGAGCGUCUGAUAUGGGUUCAUCUUAAAGCAUUUCUCCCAAGUCGAGCACUCCCAAUAUUAGCAUACUGGACAGCUACAAUGCUUCCCUUUGAAGAAGCAGCUUUUUCGUAUUCUCUUGAGAACGACCUUAGGACUCUUCUGUUCACAACUAAUAGUUACAACAAAUUUACACGACCACUCGAACAAGUUACUAUCUCGGCCGAACUCAACCUGCUGUCGCUUGCAUCACUGAGCAUUAAAGAUCAGUCGAUGUCGGUUUCCUGCUAUUUUACAUUACAAUGGACCGACUCUCGUUUGUCAUGGAGCACUAACCCAACAUACAGUACUGAUGUACCAGUCAUUUACUCCACAGAAGACUAUGUCUGGAUUCCAUCACUGUCUGUUACAAAUUCAGUAAGCGACAUUGGCGUAAUCAGUGACGAUACUGUCGUCAUUCGAGUUGCUAGUGACGGUACUCUGACGUGGACGCCAGGUGGUAUCUACGACACUUCCUGUACAACAGAUGUUACGUAUUACCCAUUUGACACACAAACAUGCUCUGUAACAUUAACCACUUGGGGAUACACAAACAUAGAAAUCGCUCUGACAGGUGUCGGGGUGGAUAAAUCAUAUUAUGAUGAAAAUGGGGAGUGGGAUUUCGUAUCUUCCUCAACCACUACCACCACACGUUCAUCCGGUGACAAUACCUUACCCCAAAUCAGCUUUAAUUUGACCUUCAGGAGGCGCCCUGCAUUCCAGGUCAUGAAUACAAUUGUUCCCAUGAUUCUCCUUGCCUUUUUAAAGGUUUUUGUUUUCCAACUUCCACCCGAUUCAGGAGAGAAGAUUGGGUACGCUCUCACAACUCUUCUGGCUUUUGCUGUUUACCUUACAUUGGUGACUGAUCAUAUUCCUUCAACCUCCAUCAAUACGUCAUGUCUGACUGUAUACUUGGUCAUCAUUUUUGCAUUGGGAAUAAUAUCCGUGCUUUUUACCAUAUAUGUCCUCAAAUGUCAUCACAAUCCCGAAAACAAACCUAUUCCAAAGUAUCUCAGCAAACUCUGUAUAGCUUUUGCAAAGCUGACAUGUGACAACUGCUGCUGCAAGAAUAAGAACGCCGUAGAAGAACUUGCAGAAGGUGCGAAGACUCCGGUGGAAGUAAUUGAACCAGAACUCACCUGGCCAGACGUAGCAAAAAUUCUUGAUGCUUUCUUUUUCAAAGCAUAUAUCCUAUUUUUAUCGUGUUUGACUGUUUGUGUGCUUUUGACAUUUAUCAUAAGUUAUUAUCAGUAG